UCUACAUUUUAAAUUCAUUUCAGAGCUUGUACAUAUAUACCAAUUCGUUUCUAAAUUUAUUUGGUUCUUUGUCUCCUUUUUUGGGGCGAAACCAGAUUGCCAAUUCCGAUGGACAGCCCGCUUGUCUCCCCCGCAAAGGCGCGUCAAGCAGCUAUUCAGGCCAAAGACUGGGCCUACGUGAACUCAUGGCUAAGUCGCCAGUACGCGCCAAAUCCAGUGCCUAAAUUCGAGCGCAAUGAUGAUACUUUACGAACUCUUUUGGCUCUGGCAGCAGCCAACGAUGCAGCGGACGAGGAAGCAACGCUAAUUCAGCACGCUCGUGAACAAACCAUCAGAGGCUUUAAAGCUCGAGAAAACACGGAAAAUAAGCAGAAGGUGGAGAUAUUGGAUGAAGUCGAGCAUUGUCUAGAUGAGGAUGGCACUCGAAAUCUGGAGGAUUUGGCAGAGACGGUUGUCCUAUUGAGUUCGUUAGAAACGAGUACGAAGGAGAUCGGCCAGUCAAUCAUUGAGCUAACGAGGGAAGAGUUCAAUAUCAAAGAGCAAAUGACGCGCGUGGAGAUGUUGCAUGACUAUCUGAAAAGAGAGCUUGCAACUCUACGGGAACAGCUCGAAGAUUUCAGGUCAAACCCGGCCUUUGAAACGCCUGCCAAUCUUCCUACGCUUACGUCUGAGUGGACGAGAAGCACUAAAUUACUUACUCCCAAGGUUGGCGAAUAUCAAGAUCGGGUGGCUGCAUCGGAGCGAACUAAGAAUAAAGGAGCCACCCUUGAGGAUGUCAUGGCGGACGAAGAGGAGGUCAGCCGAAUGAUAGAAUCGGUCAAGGGGCUCGAGAGUAGGGUCAACAUGUUCCAUGAUCUCCCCAGAGAUCUAGCCGGGGCUCGUGCCAAGUACCGAGAACUUGAAGCGGAACUGAACAAACUCACCCGGAAGCGAGACUCUAUGUUUGAAGGACUAGUAGAGCGGUAGUACGUUCUGCGAUUUACAACAGAGCAGAGAGACGUAUCGUCAACUCGUCAUAACACGAUCAUAAAACGGAAAUCAUAUUCAAAGCGACAACCCGAAUCCAGUCAGGCGCAGGCAAUCUAGUGGUCACCGAGGCCAACAGCGUUCUUGAUCUUGUCGGCACUGCCUGGCUGUCAGAGCUAUGAUCGUGGGAGAAAACCAUCAACGAGUACUUACAUGGACUGGCCGGCACCGCCAUUGUGGUUGUCAUGAGCACGCUGGCCCUUGUCGAAGGCCUGUUGGGCAGCACCCUUCUGGUCAUCGGGCUGCAGGCCAC